AUGUCGAAAAUGACGCUGUUACUGUGUGUUUGUGUUAGUUUGUUGGUGAAUUGUGUGUUUUCUUACACGUACGUGAACGAAUUGGAAACGGACCAACAUCAACACAGACAUUGUACACACGAACACCCAACAGAAGACCAAGUAAUAAGGGGUGUUCACAUAGAGCCAGCUCACUUAGUUAAGAAACGAAGUAUAGACCAACCGUUAAGAAUAAGUAUAUUUUACGACCACUCUGUAUAUAGGUUAGAACAAGAAAAAUUUGAAAUGAUUAAUAAUACGAUAUUACCAGAUGCUGUGAAAUUCUGGGAGCAAGCUUUAAAAGUUAGAAAAACAGGUGGACCUAUAAGACUGAACAGGUGUGUAUAG